AUGGCACACCGUCUACAAGCGCUAAAAACAACUUCCAUGGGUGAAUCAUUAGUCUUGUCACCACGAACACCAAUGAAGAAAAAAAUUAAAGGAGAUCCAAUUGUUACUGGUAUAAGAUUAAGACCAUUUCUCGCCAAUGAGAAAUAUGCAAUGGGUGAUAUUUCGCCAGCAGUUCGAGUUUGUGAAAAUAUGAUUAUUUGUGAACGACAGCCACAGAAUCCAACAACAUUCAAAUUUACAAAUGCUUUUGAUCACACACAAACAAAUCUUCUUAUGUUUUUCGUUGUUCAGCGUGAUGUUUAUGAAAAAAUGAUUCGUCCAGCCGUUUACUCAUCGUUACAAGGAUACAAUACGACAGUACUUGCUUACGGUCAGACAGCAUCGGGCAAAACUCAUUCAAUCUUUGGUUCGUCGCAUGAAGAGGGUGUUUUGACACUAAGUAUAGCGGAACUAAUUUCCCUCAAUCAUAAUCAACAUUUAAAAUUCGAAACAAGUUUUUUCGAAAUAUACAAUGAAAAAGUCACAGACUUAUUAAUGACAACAACAUCGUUUGAAUCAAGGUUAAAAGCAACGUUUCUAUCGACAAAAAAACAAAGAAAACAGCCACCAACACUAGAAAUACGAGAACAUCCAGUGUUGGGUCCUUAUGUUCCAGAUUUAAAAUAUGUACAUGUACAAACGAAAGAUGAUUUUGUAAAGGUUCUAAAUCUGGGACAGCGACAACGUACGGUCGGAACAACAAAAGCAAAUCAACGUUCAAGUCGGUCUCAUGCCAUAUUUACGAUAAAAAUAAGUCGAAAUGAUUUACCUGCCACGAUAACAACAACAAAUUCGAUAAAGAGAAAGUCUUUAACAUUGACAAAAAACACAAAACAACAAGAUUUAGAUUUAAAUGUUGUUCGGUUAAAUUUUGUCGAUUUAGCUGGUAGUGAGAAAUCGCAAGAAUAUGUACAAGAAAAUGAACGAUUUGCUGAAAGUGUUCAUAUAAAUCAAUCAUUAUCUGUUUUACGCUCUGUUAUCGAUGCUCUUGCACGCGGUCAAUCACACGUCCCAUAUCGUGAUUCAAAUUUAACAUAUUUAUUGAAACCGAGUUUGGGCGGUGAUUCUAAAACAUAUAUGUUAGCCACAAUUAGUCCAUAUGAAUCGGUCAUUGAUGAAACGCUGAACACACUUCGUUAUGCAUCACGUGCUGCGACUAUAACAAAUGUUCCAAGAAUAAAAACACCACAUCUCAAACACGAAAUUGAACAGUUGAGAGAAGAAAACGAAAAACUAAAGCAAGAGUUGGGUAUACUCAAAGAAAAUCAACAACAGUUAACUUCAUUAAAACUCCCGAUAUGUUCCUCUUUGAUGUUAACGGAUGAAUGUGUACAAACAACAUUGAUUGGUGCAGAACAAGAAGAAGAAGAAAAUGAUAGAAUUAGUGAAAAUAUUUUGACACAAAUUGAAAAUACAUUGAAAAGGCCGAAAAAACGUCGUUUUUCAGAAAUGCCACUCAAGGAAAUUGAAAACAAAAAGAAGAGACUGGAUGGAACAACGUUACAACGGCGUUUAACAAGUAUACUUGGCUCAAUCACUAAUGAUGUUAUUGUAAUGACCGAAUGUACAAACAAUACAUUGCUGAUUGAGUCAAAGAUAUUAGAUAUUAAAUAUAGUCUAGAUCAAUCAACCUUUUUAGAAUUAAUCAAAAGAUUAGAAACCACAAUUGAUGAUAAAAAAAUGAACGAAAAACAGAUAAUGGCUGCAAUAAUUGAUAUUUUUAGCGAAUAUAAACCAACGUUCAAACUUGGUGAUCUUGUCUGGUCCCAAAUUGCAAAAUAUCCAUUCUGGCCGGGGCUUAUAUAUACCGCACUCGAUGAAUCAUAUGUGAAAAGCAGUGGUGAUCGCAUAUUAUACAAAGUAUAUUUUUUUGAUUCUCCAACGACAUACGACUGGGUGGGUGAAGAUCGUCUGCUGCCGUUUACCGGUGAAGCAAAUUUUCAGCAGCAAUACAAUGAUUGGAGAAAAACGUAUUCAAAACGUGAAAAACAAAUUGAUUCAAGUUUAUCCCCAGAAAAAAAUCGUGAUUUAUUAAAUGACAUUCGAAAAGCCAAUGAACUAUUACCAAUCGGUGUCGUUGAACGUUUGAAAAAAUUUCAAGAGCAUUUAGAUUCAUUAGUAGGAGCAGCAGAAGCUGAAGAAGAUUCCAAACCGAAAGUUGAAAAAGUUAUAAGAUAUACUAGAACAUCAGCUCCUCUGACAAAUACUGAAUUUAUUAAUCAUAUGGUAAGCCAGUCUCGAUCUAAACGAAAAGUUGAACAUGAAAAUAUGGAAACAAACAAGCGAAAAACAUUGAAAGCAACAAAAGGAUCAUCGUUAUCAUUGCAACGUGUCUCAACUAUCGGAAGCAAUACAAAUGGCGAACGUCUAUUUCUGGACACAAAUAGCAGUAAUUAUGUUAAACAACGAACACGAUCAAGUCGGUUAUAUAAACCAGAAGAUCAGACACUUGAUACAAUCAUGCACGUACCAGUAAGAGAAAGAGGUCGAUGCAAUAGUGAUCGAAAUCAUCUUCUAACUUCAAUGACAACGCGAUCCAAUUCUCAACCGAUAGCGGCUCCAGGUGUAUUAACACCAUCAUCACUGUUACCCGUUGUUUAUACUAAUGUUAAUCGAACUCCACAAACAUCAGCUCCAUUAUUUGUCAAAAUAGCGCCACGGCCAUUUGAUUCUACAGUCUCAAAACAAGUUGUGUCAAACACAGUUUCAGAUCCAAUUAUUUUAUCACCAAGUUCAUCAACACCAGAAAAAAACGUGACACUAAGUCCCAAAAUGACAAAAUCAGUAAAGUCACUUAAUUAUACGGUAGUGCCGCGAUCAACAGAGCAAGGAGAUAUAAUAUCAGCAACAACAUCAACAUUUUCAGCGCCAAAUCAUAAGUCUUCCACUCAAACGUCAGUAUUAACAAGUUCACAGACGAUCAAUCCAAAACCAUUAUCAUCACCACAUUAUUCAUCAAAAGCAUCUUUAACAGCAGCGAAUUGUGGAGUACCAAAAAUGCCAGUUUUACUGACAUUACCAACAACAUCUGCAACUCUGACAUCCAAUACUGGUGUAUCGUCAUUGUCAUCAGAUUCGACUAGAACAACUCCUUCAACAACAGCCACACUACUGCAUAUGCUAUCAUCAACACCUCGAAAUUGGGCUGGUCAAGAUCUGACAACAACGCCAACACCAAAUAUUCUUCCUUUUGUGACAUAUGAGACAACAUCUACAGUUUCAUAUCAACCUUUAUCACUAGGUGAAGAAUUUAUGAUUAUUGAUACAAUAAAACGCGAAUCGAAAUCGAGCACAUUUGAUGAUUGUAAACGCGUGGGAGAACAAACCUAUUCUAAAAUUGUUCAAAUAAAUAAUGAUCGUUCAAUUGCAGUAUCUGAAUUUUGGUUUUAUAUGUUUGUAUUUCGUUAUGUUGAUGAUUUUGUUUCAUAUUAUCCAAACUGGUUACAAGAACUUGAACAAUUAAAACGAUCAAAAAAGUUAUCAACAAAUCAUGAAAAACAAAUUAAACAUUUAAUUCUAUUAAUGAAAGCUUAUAUAGAACAAGAACGUCAUUAA